AUGCAGCAGGCGAUGUCCUUGCCCCCGGGAGCGGUCGGCGCGGUGUCCUCGCCGGCCGGCAUCACCACCGAGCAGAUCCAAAAGUAUUUGGAUGAAAAUAAGCAACUUAUUUUGGCCAUCCUUGAAAAUCAGAACCUAGGAAAGUUGGCUGAAUGUGCUCAGUAUCAAGCUCAACUCCAAAAGAAUCUCUUGUAUCUAGCUGCUAUCGCGGAUGCCCAACCACCACAGAACCCUACAAGUCACCCUCAGAUGGUGCAGCCUGGUAGUAUGCAAGGUGCAGGGCAUUACAUGUCACAAGUACCAAUGUUCCCUCCAAGAACGCCUUUAACCCCACAGCAGAUGCAAGAGCAGCAGCACCAGCAGCUUCAGCAGCAGCAAGCCCAGGCCCUUUCUUUCCCCGCCCAGGUGGUCAUGAGACCAGGCACCGUCAACGGCAUGCAGCAGCCUAUGCAAGCAGCCGGCGACCUCCAGCCAGCAGCAGCACCUGGAGGGAGCAAGCAGGACGCCGCAGUGGCUGGGGCCAGCUCGGAACCAUCUGGCACCAAGAGCCACAAGAACGCGGGAGCAGAGGAGGUGGGCGCUGAUGUAGCAGAACAAUCCUAA